UGAGAUGAGAUGGGGGAAUUGCUUAUAUAAAGCCUAGCCGAAAAAUUCCAGCAUCAUUCAAUAUUUUGUUGAACACAAGGCUUUUUUGUUGUAAUUUUCAACUGUUACAUAACCCUGAAUUGUGUAUUAAUAAUAUUUAUUAUUUUUUUCUUAAAAUUAAAUAUUAAUAAUUAUUAAUAAUAAUGUCAUUAAAUGUACCAAAUAUUAAAUUUUACAAUGGACGUGAAAUUCCAGCAUUUGGACUUGGAACCUGGAAGUCAAAACCUGGUGAAGUAACUCAAGCUGUCAAAGAUGCCAUUGAUUUGGGAUAUCGUCAUAUUGAUUGUGCUCAUGUUUAUGGAAAUGAAAAAGAAGUUGGUGCUGCAUUAUCAGCUAAAAUUAAAGAAGGUGUUGUUAAACGUGAAGAUUUAUUUAUAACAAGUAAAUUAUGGAAUACUUAUCAUAAAAAAGAACUUGUUGAACAUGCUAUUAAACAAACACUAAAUAAUCUUGGUCUUGAUUAUUUAAAUUUGUAUUUGAUUCAUUGGCCAAUGCCAUACAAAUCUGGUGAUGAGUUAUUUCCAGUUGAUGCUAAUGGUAAACCAAAUAUCAUUGAUAUUGAUUAUUUAGAAACAUGGGAAGGUAUGGAAGGUGUUUUGGAAAAAGGCCUUACCAAAGAUAUUGGUGUCAGUAAUUUUAAUUCUCAACAAAUUGAAAGAUUAAUUAAAAAUUGCAAAGUCAAACCAGUUGUCAAUCAAAUUGAAAUUCAUCCAUAUUUGACACAAAAAAAAUUAACAAGUUUUUGUAAAUCAAAAGAUAUUGUCAUCACUGCUUACAGUCCACUUGGUUCACCAGACAGGCCAUGGGCAAAACCAGAUGAUCCAAAGCUACUUGAUGAACCAAGACUCGUUGAUAUCAGUAAAAAAUAUAAUAAAACACCAGCACAAGUACUAAUUCGUUAUCAGUUGGAUCAAGGCCAUGUUGUAAUACCAAAAUCAGUUACAAAAUCAAGAAUCCAACAAAAUAGUCAAGUAUUUGAUUUUAAAUUAUCCAAGGAGGAUAUUGAAUACAUUGACAGUUUUGAUUGUGGUGGCAGAAUUUGUCCAAUGUCUGACUGUAAACCAAGUCCAUAUUGGCCCUUCCACAUUCCAUUUUAAUCAAGAAAAAUUAUUGAAAUAACAUCACCAAUAUUACUUCCAAAUUUGUCAGUUAUUAUAAGAAAAAAAAAAUCAAGUAAUAAUAAAAAAAAAUGAUAUUAUCGGUCUUGAAAAUAAAUUAAAAAAUGUUUGUCAUAUUUUAUAAUAAACUUUAUAUAUCAUAAAAUAGAAUUGUUUUUUUUUUUUCUUGUUAUUAUGAUUCUUAUUAUU